AUGGACUUAACUAUUUUAACUCAUGAAGAACUUUCUGUAAAAUAUGUUUGUGCUCACCAUUUUUCUCAAUGUGACAUUAGACAGGCAGGUAAUCGUGUCAUAUUGAUAAAGACAGCCAUCCCCCAAACAUAUAAUAUUGACAACUCUUCUUAUGAACUGCAUCAAUCUACAUCAUCAACACCAUCACGAACAGAUCCUUUAUUAGAAAAUACUCUAGACACUGAUGAUGAAAUAGAUAUAAAUGUUUCAAAACCGACACACACAUAUUUAAAUAGAUCACCAGAAACACCAACAUUUUAUUUUUCUCAAACAAAUUCAAAUAACACUUAA